AUGUCUAUGAUAAUUCCUGGCCCAAAGAUGCCUAGAAAUAAUAUUGAUAUUUUUUUGCAACCACUUAUUUGUGAGUUGAACGAAUUAUGGAAAGGUGUUGAUGUCUACGAUUCUGUUGAUGGUAACAAUUUUCGUAUGCAUGCUGCAUUAUUUUGGACUAUUAGUGAUUUUCCAGGUCUUGAUAAUCUGUCUGGGUGGAAUACACAUACGAGCCUCGCUUGUCCAUCAUGUAACUUCGAUACAGUCUCCAGAAGGUUGAAGUUUGGCAUGAAGUAUUGCUUUAUGGGACAUCGUCGAUGGUUACCCGAUGAUCACGAGUAUAGGCACAAUAAACACUCUUUUGAUGGCCAUACAGAACUAAGAGGCCCACCUCCGACGUUAUCAGGCAGAAGGAUUUUGUCCCAAAUUGAGAGUAGUCGAAAAAGACCUCAAGAUGCACUCAACGAUGGCAACAUCCCACUACAAUGGAAAAAGAGGAGUAUUUUCUGGGAUUUACCAUAUUGGAAGGAUAAUCUUGUUCGUCAUUGUCUUGACAUGAUGCACAUAGAGAAAAAUGUGUGUGAUAAUGUGCUUUUUACUAUACUUGAUGACAAACAAAGGACUAAAGACAACUUGCAAGCUCGUAAGGACUUGCAGUUGAUGGGAAUCAGAGAACAACUCCAUCCAUAUCCUAAUUCUUCCAAGUACCCUGCCUCGUGCUUUAGAAUGAAAAAUGUUGACAAGGAUAUUUUUCUAGGUGUUCUAAAGAGUGUCUCUUUUCCAGAUGGUUACUCUUCAAAUAUUUCUAGAUGUGUCGAUAUUAAAAAACGAAAGGUAAGCGGUCUAAAGAGCCAUGAUUCACACAUUCUUCUAGAACAUAUCUUGCCAAUUGCACUUAGAAGAUCCUUGCCGAAGGAGGUUAUAUCUGUGCUUAUCGAGCUGUGCAACUAUUUUAGAGAAGUCUCAGGCAAAUCAUUAUCACUAGAGAAUUUAGAAAGACUACAACAGCGAAUUGUUUUGACGCUUUGUCACAUGGAAAUGAUAUUUCCUCCAGCAUUUUUCACUAUUAUGAUUCAUCUAGUUAUUCAUCUGGUAGAGGAAGCAAUGAUUGCAGGUCCAGUGCAGUAUAGAUGGAUGUAUCCUGUUGAAAGGGCCCUGGGACAUUUAAAAUCUUAUGUCCGUAACAAGGCUGCACCGGAAGGGUGCAUAGCUGAAGGUUACAUAAUAGAGGAAUGUCUAACUUUCUGCUCUAGAUAUUUGGAGGAUGGCAAUAUUGAGACAAGGUUCAACCGACCAAGGCGCAACGAUGACCAAAAUGAAAACACUUCUAGUAGUUGCUCUACUGUCUUAUCUAAGAUUUUUCCAGCCUUAGGAAUAUCUCGUGGAGCUCAUAAGAUUUGUUCGUUAACACCAACAGAGAAAUUGCAGGCCCAUCGUUAUGUGUUGACAAAUUGUUCACUGGUGGACAAGUUUCGCGAAAAAUGUAGAUGUGAGAUUGCUAGAAUAUACCGUGGUAGAAAAAAUGCAACCAAGCUCGUUGAAGAAUACAUCCAUGCCAAAUUCCAUGAGUGGUUUAGGGAUUAUGUUGCAAAAAACAAUGAUCCAGAUAUCACUCCCGAAAUUAAGUGGCUUGCAGAAGGGCCUAAUGAUAUUGUGAAGAGGUUUGAGGAGUUUAAUGUUCAUGGGUUCAAGUUUCGAACAAUGAAGAAAGAUCAAUGCCUUAAAACACAAAAUUGUGGCGUGGUUAUGUCUGCUAUUACUAAUAGUGUUUCAAAUGGCAGGAACCCUAUUAUAGUAGCAAGCGACAAUACAUACUAUGGUAAAGUGGUAGAUAUGAUAGAGUUAGACUACUUUGGCAAGCUGAGGGUUGUGUUAUUCAAAUGUAUUUGGGUUGAUACCACACUUAACAAGGGAAUCAAGAUAGAUCAAUUUGGGAUCACAAGUGUAAAUUUUUCUAACUUGAUACACACCGGUGAUAAUGAAACAGAUGAGCCAUUUAUUCUUGCAACAGAUGCAAGAAUGGUUUACUAUGUUGAUGAUCCAGUUGAUGAAGGUUGGUGUUCUGUUUGUCAUAUGAAACCCAGAGAUUUAUAUGAUAUGGGGGAUUUGAAUGAGGAGGAGUUAGAUGAAUCUUUGGUGGAAGACAUACCAUUUUGUGAGCAACAAGUAGAGAAUCUUAAAGAGUUUCAAUUGACGAGGGACGAGAUUGAUGAAGCAGAUCAGGAUGAAAUGUAUGUUGACGAAAAUGAUGAUAAUGACUGCGAUGAUGAUGAUGAAAUAGAUAAUUUAGACAAUAUUUGA